UGUAUGAGAGCUUUCGUAAGACUCUCUCGGCAUGAUUCCUAUUGAUCUGAUCCAUGAUAUACUCUUGAGGCUGCCUGCUAAAUCUGCUGCGAGGUUCCGUUGUGUCUCGAAGCUAUGGUUAUCCAUCACCACUCGUCAAGAUUUCAUCAGCUCUUUCACGAGUCGACACUCUUCAACACGGUUGUGUCUUUUACUCUGCGUGGAAAAAGGUGAAAAGCGUCUCUUCAACUCAAUUCCCCAACUUGAGCAUCCGGACAAAACAUUUAAUCCGUAUGUGGAACGUUAUGAGAUAAGUGCUCCCAAAUUUGUUUAUUACGAAGGGUCCGAACAGUCAGUCCAUGGCUUGAUAUGCUUGAGAGAUUUUGAUGGGAAUAUUGUAGUUUGGAAUCCAACCACGAGACAACAUGUUUACUUACCCAAACCACAACCAAACUUCAUCGCAGUUGUAAGUAGCUUUUUAGGAUAUGAUCCAGUCGAGCACAAGUAUAAAGUCUUGUGCAUCCCGGUAUGUAGUAGAUACCAAGAUCUUCUUGUUUUUACAUUGGGACCUCAAGAAUCAUGGAGAGUGCCUCAAAAUAGCCUUUACCAUGAAUCCACAAGCACCUCGGGAAUAAAAGGUAUAUGCAUCAACGGGCAUGUGUAUUAUGAAGCGAGCAUACGUUUUAUAGUCGAUGGUGCUUUUAAAACGGAAGCAAUCGUUAUGAGCUUUGAUGUGAGGUACGAAAAGUUCAACGUAAUAAAAAAACCAGUUGAUGAUGAACUUGGCAAUCUUUUCAUCAACUACAAAGGAUAAUUAGCAUGGGUU